AUGGAAAACUCACCAGAGAAUGCACUCCGGACAGGCUUAGAUGCCUUAGAUGCAGUAACUGAAAGAAUUAGCAUAGUCAAUCAAAUUGUAGACAGUAUGAGAGAACUCCACCAGAUAGACCAACCACAAAAAAACCAAGAAAUCUCAGAAGAAUAUUACUUAUUUGAACUGAAUAAGUGGAUUACAAUUAGUGCACACCAAAGCACAGAGUUAGAAAUGAAAAAUGAACUCCUUCUGGUCACUCAGAAGAAGUAUUUAGAGUCCCUAAAGAAACUCAAAUUCCUUCAGACAGAAGUUGAAGCAGCAAAUGAAAAGUACAAAUACUACAAAGAACAAGCAGAACAAUUAAAAAGAACAAGAAAUAUUUCAGUUGGAAAUUAA